AUGAGCAAUACACCAUCCAGAACCUCUCUACGGGCCCCGUCACCCUUAAAACGACUUAAUCGUGACCUUGCCCCACCAGGUUUGAGCUCGCCAUCGCCUACGGGAAAUAGAUCCCCCGUGUUGUCUCAAAGCAGAACACUCCGUCGUCCAAUGUCAAUGGCUGCUCUGCCCAAUGGUCGGGAUAGAAACUCUCUGUCUCGUACCUCUAUGGUCAACCUGCAAGCCCCAGGAACGCCUCAGCCCUCGCCUCCAGUUUACAAGGGCACAAUCCGAGUCAGUGUCCGCACGAAACCUGAGAAUGAAACUAGUGCUCAGUGGACAGUGCUUGGAUCUGCAAACUCGAUUUCCCACUCUUCCACGGGCGACUUUUCAUUCGACAACGUAUUUGACAAUAUGUCAACAAACGGAGAAGUUUUCCGAUCGGCUGUUUGUGAUCUACUUGACAAGGUCUGCGAUGGCUUCAAUGCCACCGUGUUUGCCUACGGCAUGACAGGAUCUGGCAAAACAUUCAGCAUGCAAGGAACCCCUGAGGAUCCAGGUAUUAUACCCCGCUCGGCUACCCUGCUAUUUGAGAAACUCCGCACUAAAAUGGCAACCACAACUGUCAAAAUAUCUUAUAUGGAAAUUUACAAUGAGCGUGUUGCAGACCUGCUGCAUCCAGACACACCCGAGGUUUCUCUCAGAGAUGACCCGUUGUACGGUGUUCGGGAAAUCGGCUUGACAGAGCACAGAGUUGAAAAUGCAUAUGAGCUACUCGGUAAAGUAGCCCUCGGUGACCAGCUUCGUCGGACCUCAUCAACACAAUUCAAUGAAAGGUCCUCCCGUUCUCACGCAGUCGUUAAAAUCACCCUUCUCACCAGAGACAUUCAGUCUGUUCUUUACCUAUGUGACUUGGCUGGCUCAGAGCGCGCGGUCUCAGAAUUGGAGCGACGAAAGGAAGGUGCGUAUAUCAACAAGUCCUUGCUGACUCUCGGAACUGUUAUUUCAAAACUUUCUUCGGGAACCAUGGGCCACGUUCCUUAUCGCGACUCGAAACUCACGCGCAUUCUUCAACCCUCCCUCAGCGGUAAUGCUUUGGUAUCCAUUCUUUGCACAGUUCAAACCAUCAAUUCUACUACUACGGAGACACUAAACACUCUGCGAUUUGCUGCUAGAGCCAAAAAUAUCAUCGUCACUGCUAAACGCACGAAUCUAGUUGAUGAUGGCGCCGGGAAUGAGCGACUCCUGAACAUUAUCGAAGAGCAAAAGCAACAAAUAAACAAACUCAAGCUGGAACUUCAAGAAGCCAAGUCCUCGCGUGAAGAUGUUGAGGGCCGCCUUGAUGUGUACAUGAGUUUGACAGACUAUCACCUCGACGAUUCCCUAGACUCGAUACUCAACGGUCCCGAGAUGCGGACAGUCGAAGAGUAUCGCCGCAAGGCAAGGGAAGAUAAGCGAGAAAUUCAGCAGCUCAAUGAUCAAAUCAGAAGGCUGAUUUCGCAAGUCGCUGAAGCGAACAAUAUGCUAGAGAACAUGCCACAUCUGAACGACUUGACACCCCAAAUGUCUACCCCGGGGCGACAAAACUCCGACGUAAAAGAUCUCCAGGAUGAAAUUCGCGAACUCAAGGAAACCAUUCGGGAUAAGGAUCAUAUUAUUAAAUAUUUACGAGGCUCUAGCGAACGUAGAGCCCAGUUGGACAAGAUAACCUCGCCAAGCCGGGGCAGGCAAAGUAUGGCUCUGCUUCAAACCCCUUGA